ACACUCAUCGGCUGUUUCUACUCGACUGAUCGACUUCACAGGAAAAACAACAGACGUGACUGGAAUCAGAAACUGAAGCAUCCUGUUUCCUUCUCGUGCUGCUAUUUUAAGAAAGUUCACCAACAAGAAAACUCAAGAUGAACCAAAUUAUUAUCACCUGUUGAUAACAAAACAUGCUGCAGCUGGAGAGAGAGUCAUGUUUAAGAUAACAAUACAGUUUACUGUACGGACACUUUUUGUGACUCAUUUGUGUUGUUUUUCAGUCUGAUUCAGUUCCAAACUUUUAUAACCAAGUUUUCUUCUCUUUAUUUUUGGAAGAUAUUUCUCCUAGUUCGUGUUUUUAGCUUCAUAAGAGACAGAAUCUAAAAUUAUCCUCCUUCCUGCUCGGAAACUUCGUGUAUCUUGCGGCAUGAGUGGAAAUAUCCAAUUAGCUGUGUGGGUUAAUUACACUCAUGAAUAAUCCAUUAACGGUGCUCCCCCUGCGCGGGAGCGGCGCCCUCUGAUUGGUCCGUCCCGGCCGGACACGAUAGAAAUACCAGGUGUGGAGGGAUGUGGCAGACCAGGCAGGACCACCAGGGCGACCGAAGACCUGAACCAGAACCACCUCAUCCGUCCUCCGCACCCCGAGAAGACACCAUGCUGCCCGGCUCCGCUCUGCUGCUGCUCCUCGGCCUCAGCGCCGCCGCCUGCUUCGAGAUGCUGCCGGAGGCAGCUGCUCCCCGCCGGGCACGAUUCUCCGCCAACAGCCCGACUGAUGUGGCCAGAUGUUUGAACGAAGCUGUUGCCGUGGGCUGCGGGUUCUUCUCCUGUCUGGAAAACUCGACUUGCGACACUGACGGGAUGCAUGAAAUCUGCGAACUCUUCCUCCACACUGCUGCCACAUUCAACACGGAGGGUAAAACCUUCGUGAAGAAAAGUCUGCACUGCAUCUCUCAGGGAAUCUCAUCGAAGGUUUUCCAGACUAUCCGCCGCUGCAACAUCUUCCAGAGGAUGAUCGCUGAGGUGCAGGAAGAGUGUUACACCAGCCUCGACAUCUGCACUGUGGCUCGAACCAACCCUGAUGCCAUCGGAGAGGUGGUGCAGGUGCCAACUCACUUCCCCAACAGGUAUUACAGCACUCUGCUGCAGUCGCUGCAGGCUUGCGAUGAGCAGACGGUGGCGGCGGUGAGGGCCGGCCUCGUGGCCCGGUUAGGCCCCGACAUGGAGACCUUCCUCCAGCUGGUCCAGAACAAACCCUGCGCCACCGGCUCCACCUCCGGAACUUUCAACAACCCGUCCAGCUGGAGGAACAUGCCCGUGUUCAACAUCCAGCCGGGCUUCAGGGGCCGAGACCCCACCCACCUGUUCGCCAGGAAGAGAUCCGUGGACGGCCUGGAGGGAGGGCCCAAAGCUGACAACUAGAUAAAACACAAAAACACUGUAUGCACACUGAAACCUGCAGCUUUCUCCUCAGAUCGUUACACAAUAAUUACCUUUGAUGCCAAGAGCUUUAGAAGGGGGUUCGGAAUGAUAAAUAUUAUGUUAUGAUAUUAAUAUUGUUGUUAUUUAGGGUGAUUUGCUUAGUUCACUUUCCCUGAGAAACCUGUGUUACAGACAUUUAAAAAGAGGCCUACUAUACAGUGAUUAUGAUAUUUAUUUUCUUAAAUAAGUUAAUUUAUGAGGCUGUUAUAUUUAAUGUAGAGAGGAAAAGAGGCUGUGGAGGUCAGGCGACGCUCUCAUGCUGGUCGUGGAGCUCGUCAUGACCCCUGAGAGGGCCUGAGAUUUACUUUAUUAGACAAAGUUGUAUUUUUAAAUGAGACGCUGUUGUGAUGUAAAAAACCUGUGAUGGUGACAAAAGUCUGGACUUUGUGUUAGAAAUAAAUGAAGUUAUAUGAUCGA